AUGACCCUGAUGGACAUCAACAAGAUGUUCUCCCUGCUGCAGCCCGGGGAGGACGAGGAGGCCAGCGGGGAGAGCGAGGAGCUGAGCCGGGCGGUGUGCCAGGAUGACCACGAGGCGCUGGCCCGGCUCCUGUCGCAGGACCGGUACCGGAGGCUGAUCAACCGGCGGAGCGGCUGGGGCGUGCCCAGCACCCCGCUGCGCCUGGCGGCGGCUCGGGGCAGCGAGCGGAGCCUGCGGCUGCUGCUGGAACACGGAGCGCUCGUGGACAGCCUGGACGUGAAGGCGCAGACGCCGCUCUUCGUGGCGGUCAGCAACGGGCACGGCGAGUGCGUGCGGCUGCUGCUGGAGGCGGGCGCCAGCCCCGCGGGCAGCGCCUACAACAACUGCUCGCCGCUGCUGCUGGCGGCCCGCGACGGCCGGGCGGGCAUCGUGCGGCUGCUGCUGGAGCACGGCGCCGAGCCCAACGCGCGGGCCCGCCUGCCCGAGUGGGCGGCCAACACCGCGGCCUGCUCGGGCCCGCUCUACCUGGCGGCCGCCUACGGGCACCUGGAGUGCUUCCGCCUGCUGCUGCUGCACGGCGCCGACCCCGACUACAACUGCACCGAGCCGGCCGUGCUGGCGCAGAUCCGCGAGCCCAAGACGCUGCUGGAGACGUGCCUGAGGCAUGGCUGCCGCCCCGACUUCAUCCGCCUGCUCAUCGACUUCGGGGCCAACGUGUACCUGCCCGGGGUGCCUCACAGCGACCGGCCGGGCCCGCGCAGCGAGGGGCUGGAGCUGCUGCUGCACGCCAGAGCUCAUCCCAAAUCCCUGCUGUCCCAGUCCCGGCUGGCCAUGAGGCGCCUCCUGAAACAGACUGGCUGCUCGGCCACCCUCAGAGAGCUGGAGAUCCCCACAGCCCUGGCCAAGUACCUGCAGCACCAGCCGUGA